UUUUACAGGGGUAAAUCAGUGUAAAAUUAUAUUUGAUGUGGACACAUCAUGCUGUAAGCAAGUUUGUAGAAAGGAGUAAAAUCAAUAAGUGAUGAUUCUCUUCUCGUCCAUCAUGCGGUUUCCUUUGGCUGUUGGUGCCAACGCAGUCGGCCAUGGGGUGUGAAAUGAAUUGACCGUCCACACGCUCGGCGGGGGGGCGUCACAAGGCAAGCUCUGGGACAAUCUGUGUGCGUGUGGGGUCAGGACAGGCUCAUGGAUGACUCUGAAGACUUCGUGGACCUCUGCUCCAAGCUCCUGAGGAGGGUGCGCAAGCGGGAGGCCGGCGAAAGGAAGUACACUGAGGACGAGAGCCGACCACCGAACGGUGUCAAAGAACGAGCCAAACGGAAGAGGCUGAGGAUUGACUCGAACCAGGUUUUGGAGGGACCACGUGGCAGCCAGACGACCAACAGGUCUCAAGCCUCGUUUUCAUUACGGAGCGAUGAGCGUGGAGGGCUCAAAAAAGCUUUAGAAGAUGCUGUGGUGGUCGCCAGACCAACCCCUGAGGUGACGGUACCUGAGUCGACCCUGAAGCAGCAGCCCCUGAGGGCGAAGGACAAGGUGGUGAGCAGGAUGCAGCAGUUCAAAUGGGUCAGUCCUCAGAAGCUGAAGUUGAAUGGGUGCGAGGAGCCUGGGAGCGAGAAGCUGCAUGUAGGCAUCCUUACUCCACCUCGAGAGCAAGAGCCCACCGCGACCCCUGCCCCAGACCCCCAGGGGGACGAAGCCCUGGCCCUCAGGCUGCAGCAGGAGCUGGACAGGGAGGCGCAAUCGGACCUGGUGGACUUGGAGGAGGGGGGACUCUUCUUCUGUCAGAUCUGUCAGCGGGACCUGUCCACCAUGAACGCCCUGUGUCGUGCACAGCAUAUCAACAGGUGUCUGGACAAGAGCGAGGACAGAGCCCCACCCAUGCGGGCCCCACCCCAAAUUCCAGAGUGUCCCAUCUGUGGGAAGGGAUUCAAGUCCGAGAAGAGCAAAGUCGCCCACUUGAAGCGGUGUUCGACGGAUAUGGGCGUGGCACCCGCCGUGCUCAUGGAGGCGCUGCAGAGGCAGGCAGCAGAGGUAGCAGAGAGGGGCAGCAGCACCAACCAACCGCCCCUGCCAGACAGGCCCAAGAAGAAGGGGCCUAGGAAAAAGCCUGUUACCCUGGACGAGGACACCAUGGUGGCCAUGGCCCUGUCGCGCUCCAUGCUGGAACAGGACAAGGAGAAAGAGGUGCUUCAGGAAGGCCAGCGAGGGGCAGCACAGGCUCUUUCGGCUCAGCCGGCUCAGCCCCUGGGCUCGAGGGCAGGCCGCGGUAAGACAUGCAGGAAGAAGGGAGCUCCUCCGGCGCCGCCCCCUCUCCUCCUCAUUCAGGAUCCGCGGGACGUCCUCCUUCGGCUGCAGAAUCGAAUUGCAGCCCUUCUGCUCCGCACGCAGCCCGAAAGGCCCCCCACGCCUCGCCUUCCUGCCAGCAGCCUUGCGCUCUGGACAGGUGCUGCUCCCUUAUGGCAGAAGAGCGCGCUGCGGGAGGGGGGACCGCUCUCCACUCUGGACUUCUACACUCCAGAACUGAAGCCCUGGGUCCCGGCAAACGUGGUGAAGCUGAACCCGGAGGGACCUUGUCAGACGGCAGCCGGGACACCGAGGGACUCUCUGCUCGAAGCGAGAUGCAGUUCCAGUCCCAGUCCUGCUGCAAAGAGAUCGGAGCCCAUCCCCCCUCCUGCCAGCUCUCCGCCACCAGUGGGCAACCAGACUCUCUGUGACCUCAUGGACCUGGCUGAGGAGGGCAUGACUCUGACGCAGUAUGGUGGAGUGACCACAUGGGCACACACACACACGUACAAAGAGCAGCUGGACCCUCUGCCGAAUGGCUUUGAACCAGUGGCUGAAGCUGCUGCUCAGAGCACGGCACCUCUGUCCAGACUGGCCACAGACCUCGCCAGCAUGGUCAACAACCCACAGCUGAGCGAUGUCCAGCUGCAGGUGGACAGCGGGGACGUCUUCUUCACACACUCCUUCGUGCUGUAUGCUCGCUGCCCCCUGCUGGCGCAGAGUGUUCACGACUCUGGCUUCGGGGUGCAGGAGGAGGGAAUGCCCCUUGUGCAAAGGGUGCUGCUGGGGGAGGUGCCGGUGGACGCUGUGCUGGCCCUGCUGCAGUAUCUGUACACCGGCUGCUGCCCCCUCACGCCUGCACUGGUGACACGGGUCCAGGAGCUGGCGGUCAGGUUUCAGCUGAAAGAACUACAGGAAUUGUGCCAGCAACAUGCAGGAAAAACACAGCUGGAACCCUGGGGCAUGGAACUUGAGCAGAACGAUGAGGAAGAGGAGGCGCGCAAUAAAGAGCAAAAUUUUAUGGAGCUCCUCCACUCCAUGUGGGAUGGAGAGGAGGAAGAGGGGGGCAUACAUGGCAAGUACAGACAGGAGGGAACCGGCAGCCCUCUACUGGGAGAUGUGGAGCCAGGGGACGAGAGGGUGGAUGAAGAUGAGCUGGAGGAGAUCUACGAGUUUGCAGCCACGCAGAGGAAGCUUGAGUCUGGGGGCAACAUUGGGGAAGAUGAUGAAGAAGAGGAUGGAGAAGAUUGUCACGCAGACACGGAGGAAGGGGAGGGACUUAUGGAGAGGGGAGGUGGUGAUUGUAUGUCAGGAAAAAGACUGUCCCUUGUGAAAGCAGGAGCUUUCAUAGAGAAGCUCAACUCACAAGGAACAGAUGAACCAAAGGAGGACUCUCCACCUUCUCAGGACUCCAUGGUCAGCUGUCACUCGCUCAGAGAUGGAUCUGCAGCUGGAAACCCACCGGAGGGACAGGUAUAUCAGAUGACUGCCGACAUGAUGGAACAGCCUGCUCUAUUCACAGUUUCUUGUGCAGAAGCUGCAAUGGGACCAGAUGACACAGGGCUAGUGGGGUCAUCAAAACCUAGUUCAGUCCACAGUCCUAACACCAGUGCAGACAGGAGCUACAGUCGCUUGUUCUCUCAGUCUUGGGGAACUUGCACAGAGCCAUCUCCAUCUCAGCCUCCUCCCCACACCCCGUCAGCCUCCCUCGCUGCUGAUUUUCAGUGUAUGGAGCAGCCAGCUGUUGGUGUCUUCACACCAGUUCCUAGUAGAGCCUCUGGGCACCAAGGGGUUGUCAUUGACCUUUCCGUUAGCCCUUCCCCUGACCCGUUGGAGUCCUCAUUGCCCAUAACAGGUGUCUCCCCAGGGUCCACAGAAGGCAAGGAUCCGGAGGUCAUAGGAAGGAGUUCCUCCUUCGCUGGAGAUCCUGAAGUUCCUCUUGGUCAUAGCCAAACAGAGACUAGUCACGUAGAAAAAUGUAUUCCUAGCUCUUCGGGGAAGACUAUUUGCUCGACGAGGGACACCCGUCCCGUGACUCCAGACUUGAUUGUGGUCUCGGAUUCUGGUGACGAGAUGGAUUUCAGUACAGGGAAUAUGGAGGCUAAAUUGCCUCCUAUCUCGAACCAGCAGCCUCAAAUUUCAGUGAAUGUAGGAGAAAAGGCAGUUAAUCCUGAAGUUCACUCCUGUAAUGCCCAUGCUCCGGUGCGCCUUUCCCCUAGUCUCCCAAUGAACGGCUCUGCUGAAAUAUCCUGGCUCAUCCCGUUUACACCGGUGCAGCCCCAAAAAACAACCCAAACUGGUUCCACGCAGACAUACAGUAGCAUGUGCCGAACAAACCUUUUCACCAGGUCACUUAGAGACGAAUCUAGAUCACUGUCUCCAUCCUCCUCAUUUGCUUCACCCCAGAUACCACACACCUUGACUGGUCUCAAGCGUACUGAGAGGUUGCAGCACCAAGCUGGAGUUGGGCCACAUAUUGUAGACUCUACAAAAUUCUUGGAGAGACCAGCAAACAAUAGUUCUACUUCAAACCUCAAGGUUGGAUCAACUUGUGGGUUGAGUAAAGGAGAGGGGUCUUGGUAUAGGAGCAGCAACGUAGUGCUUCUCAAUUCUGGCCUGAUGGGUGACUCUCGCAAGCCUGAAAUCGAGCCAAAGGAAAGUCCUCCCGCAUCCAUAAUCCCUUCGUCUCAACUUGAGACGUCUAGGCGGACCUCCAGCCAACAUAGAAGCUUUGUUCUAGGUGACACUGACUGUAGUGGUGUCCCUCCAAAUGCCAGCAGCACCCCACUCCACCUAAAGGUUCCUGACCGCUUGUGUGCAGCUCGGCCCUCCCUUCCCCAGAGCGACCACGUUCUGGGGUCAAACCGGAAAAGCCCCAUUUGCCGAGUGACUGGAAACAGAAUACAGUCUGCAGAUGAACGCUGCUCAGAGAACCAGCAGGGGGAUGAUCCAGGGUCCCUGCACCUUUCUGUCAUUUUGCCAUCCCCUUGGCGGGAUGCAGAAAUUGGAAGCAGGCUCAGGGAGUCUCCAGAUAGGCACGGGUUCCUCGCAGGACCAAACUGCAUUGAGAGCUCAGACAUGGCGAGGUUCUCUAAGAGCAACGGGAACCUUCCUGAAGGAGAGGAGGAGAGCUCUCUGGCCCAGCAACCCAGAGAGCUGGGCCAGUUCUGUGCAGCCGAAGAGCCACCCAUACCGUUUGAUGACUCCUGGGGGGAGGGUGCUCACUUUAGCCUCAGGAUGGACUCCAGUGGUGGGGUUAGUCCACCCUCGCUCAUUCCUCCCGCCAUCGGUCAGGAUACCCCCAAGAACAUCCCUGAGCCCAGUGCCACCAUGCUGGACUCUAAACUCUGGGAUGAAUGGGAAGGGGACGAGGAGGAGGAUUUGGAUCUCCCUUUGUCCCAAAGAGCGUGUCCCAGAGGAGCAGCUCCAAGAGUAGCACAGCUCAGGACUCCAGUGACAUCCCACAGGAAGGGCAACCCCCCCCUUGAGCCUAUCACCCCUAUGCCAGCAUUUUCAGACAUGGAAACACCUGAGCUAAAGAACCAGCUGAACAAGUUUGGGGUGCGUCCACUACCCAAGCGCCAGAUGGUUUCAAAGCUCAGGGAGAUCCAUCACUAUACCCAUCAGCUGCUGAGCUCCGACUCAGAGAGCAAGGGCCUGGUCCUGAGCCCAGAUCCCCCCAAGGCCGCAGCAUUCAAGGAGCCAACGGGAAUCAUGCUCAAGACGUGUCCCAAAGCUCCACCUGCCGGGCAGGGGGAGGAUGGUCAGAGGGAUGGGGAUGAAGAGGUGCUGUCGGCCUCUCAGAGCUCCACCACGUCGUCCGCUGCGGCCAGUGAGGACUCUAACAGGUCCAACCCAGAGUUGUGCCCUCAGUCCGAUGAUGACUCCGACAGCGAUGGGUUGACACCAUCUCAGGCGGUGUCCCGUGAUGCAGCUAAGCUGCAGGCGGUCCGGAACUUUCUGCAGUCAGACUCUGAGCUCUACGGGCAAAUCCUGCAGUACCAACCGCUUGUCCUGGCCCACCUGCAGGCCCGGCUGAAGGCGGCUGGUAUCCGCCUGGGAGCAGCCAAGCUGCUGGACUUCCUGGACUCACAAUGCAUCACUUUCACCACAGCCAAUCGUACGAAACCCAGUGUGUCCAGGCGGAGGGGCCUUGGUCGGGGGCGGGGCCGCAGGCGUGGAGGGAAAGCAAAGGCCUUGUCGUGAGACAGGACAACCGUAAAGAUUGAAAGCAAGCUGGUGAGAAGAGGGGGAGCAGGGUGGGAUCGGAGGGGGUGUGUCCUGUCCUUGUCUAAACUGCUCCGAAUGGGGCUCAGAGCCGUGACCUAGAAAUUUCUAGAGCCCGAUGGAGCUUUGCAAUUCGACACAGGUGUCAUGUGGUCGGCCUACCAAGGAUGUCACAGUGCCAUAAACAGAGCUGUACUCUAGAAUCCACCCUGCCUAAGCUGCAGUGCAAAGAUAAAGUUUGUGUGU